AUGAUCCCCGUGGCUGCGCACGGCUCAGCGAACCAGUUCCUGGACAGAUCCCCGGUGACCGCGCACCGACGCGCAAACAUGUUUCCAUCCGCGUUUCUCCUCCUCCUCACCUCCUCCCACCUCCUGGCGCCUCUGCUGCUGAGCUACCUGCCGCACGUCUCCGCGCAGAAGCCGGGCUCACGGUGGCUGAUUGGGGACCGAGACAAUCACUGUGGGGUCAUCUGCUCACGGACACAGGGGAAGCCGGUGUGCGGCUCGGACGGGCGGAGCUACGAGACCGGCUGUGAGCUGCAGAGGGCGCGAUGCAAAGACAAGGCGCUGACACUGGCCAACCGCGGCCGCUGUCGAGGUCAAAACUGGGUGAAAAUGGACCAGUUGCCAGUGGCUCCAUUACCGACCCCCAUGGCUGAGGGGAGAGACCUUGAGCUCAAAGAUGCAGGUCAGUCCAAGUGUCGAGUUGAGAGGAGCCAGGCUUUGGAACAAGCCCGGAGACCUCAGGAGUCCAUGUUCAUCCCAGAAUGCAACGAGGAUGGGACUUUUGCUCAGGUCCAGUGCCACACUCUGACAGGUUACUGCUGGUGUGUCACCACUGACGGGAAACCAGUGAGUGGCUCCUCUGUGCAAAACAGGACCCCAGUUUGUUCAGGGUCAGUAACAGACAGACCACCCGGGCCACCGAACUCUGGUCGAAAAGUUUCUUUCCACUUCUUUCUCACCCUCAACCCAGAUGAUGGCUCCAAGCCCACACCCACCAUGGAGACCCACGUCCCCCCUGAGGGUGAGGAGAUAACUGCUCCAACACUGUGGAUAAAACAGCUGGUUAAGCAGAACAGCUCCAGGAAGCAAGAGAAGGUUCCCUCUUGUGACCAGGAGAGACAGAGCGCCCUGGACGAGGAUCGGCAGAACCCUCGUGAGGCCAUUUUCAUCCCCGACUGUGGAGCCGGAGGUCUUUACAAAGCCGUCCAGUGUCACCAGUCCACAGGCUACUGCUGGUGCGUUCUGGUGGACACAGGUCGUCCCAUUCCUGGAACCUCAACACGGUACCAGAAGCCAGAGUGUGACAGCGCUGCACGGUCCCGGGUCUCAGACGCAGAAGAUCCCUUCCAGGGCAGAGAACUGGCAGGAUGCCCCGAGGGGAAAAAAGUGGAAUUCAUUACGAGCUUGUUAGAUGCCCUCACCACAGACAUGGUGCAAGCCAUAAACUCUCCGGCCCCCUCUGGUGGUGGGAGGUUUGUCGAGCCUGAUCCCAGUCACACUUUAGAGGAGCGGGUGGUGCACUGGUACUUUGCCCAGCUGGAUAACAAUGGCAGCCAUGACAUAAAUAAGAAGGAACUAAAACCUUUCAAGAGGUACCUGAAGAAAAAAGCCAAACCCAAGAAAUGCUCCCGCAAGUUCAUCGACUACUGUGACCUGAAUAAGGACAGGGCCGUUUCCCUGCAAGAGCUGAAAGGCUGCCUGGGCGUCAGCAAGGAGGGGACCUCAACAACAGGAGGCAGCCAAGGGACAAGGCAAGGGACAAAUUUGUUCAUAGGUCGUCUGGUGUGAGACGAGAAGGAUCUAGAAGCUGAGAUGAGAGCACAGGGCCCAGAGGGAAGGCAUCUGCACGCUUGCUGACAGGAAAAAGAAAGAUGGAGCAGAAAAAUUAUGACGUUCCCGAGUUAAACAAAAAAACAACAGAAAAACAAGAAAAGAAAAAUGAAGCAGCGCCAAAAUAUUUGCACUUUCUCCUCCCGAUGUUUGACAUUUGUCCUGUUUGUACGUGUUGUUUUCCCCUGAAGUGACUGAAAGUGUCUCGGUAAGAACGAUGAAUAUAUUUGUUAAGAGAUGAAAUGACCGGCUCUCCACUGGAAGUACGUCCAUGUUUCCACUAAAAUAUACAACAUCCGUGUCCCCUGAUACAUAUAGAAGCAGGCAGUGGCAGUGCACUACAGAGGAGCACACUCAAAAAUCUACUUCGUGAUUUGGACCAAUUCAAACGAAUGUGUCAUUUGUAUGUGAACAUGCAAAAUUAAGCAAAAACGCAUUCAUUAGUGUUAAACUGUGAUCAGCCCAGAAUUAGCUGAAUGAACCCCCCCCCUUGCGCUGUACAGACAUUUUUUUAGAAGGAUUAACAUUUUGUGAACAAAAUCUGGCAGUUGAUGUGUCUGUUCCUUGUUUACUGAAGACAAGUGUUGGGAAAACGCUAGAUGGUAGUUAGUAGUAAGCUAGUUACUUUACUAGCUCACUUUAAAGUAUUACUUUUGCAUCCAGAAAAAAAAAACUCACAAGUACAAACUGUCGUAUGUACUUAGUGGUUUCCUCAGUUUUUACCAUGUUGUCUGCACAAUAUGUUUUUCUACUUGUUUUCAAGGUUUUGUGCUAAAAAAACAACAACAAUGAAAUAAUUACGGCUCAAAGAAAUAACCGUUCAUGAGUGGCUGGGACAUGGAACAAACUAAAAUGUCAAAUUUCUUUUUUCUCAAAGGUGGUCAUUUUAGGUGGUUCCUAUCACACUGAUGUGGGGUCUGUUUGAUUUUACGCAGUUAAACCUGAAAACUCUGAAUUCCCCUUUUGCUAUUGAAUUUUUACGUGUGGUCAUUAAAGAGUUCAUGAGCUUAUACUUGCAACCAUUACACCCAGAAAACAACAUCUACAAAUAACUGGCUCCUUGGUUAAUUUUCCAAAACAGAAUAGAGUCCAGAGACUUGAGUUUUGAAUAUCCUUCGUAGUACCGGGAAAAGAAGACGACUGAAUCCAUGGAAGUAAGAUGUUUAUAUGGGGAGGUAUCCCACUAAUAUCAGCUCAGUUCAGCUGCCAUACUCAACUUUAUUCCUGUCAUUGUUAACAAGAUGUGGCGUUUUACAAAAGCCAGCACCUAAAAAUAAAUAUUUGAGUCUGCCCAGUAAUAUCAAGAGUGCAUUUUGUGUAUGCAAACACAUUCAUUGUCUGUCCUCCAACAGUUGAUGCGAGUCCCGCUCUGUGAAACAAUCACCACUGUGCGUACUUGGAGCUUUGCCACCUUGUGUAAGACAGAGCC